AUGCGCGUGCUCGAUAUGAAUCAAGGGCAAAAAUAUGUGUGCGCAGCAGAUGAGUUGUGCUGUCAAGCUCGAGCGGUCAACAACGAAAAGCCGUUCAUUGCAAUGGAAGUAGACAACGCAGGCUUGAAUCUAAAGACAAUGAAGAAGUCGGAUGGCUCAUAUCCGGUUUGGUUCAGUCAGCGGAAGAUCAGGCGAAAGAAGCGUGAACAGAACAUAAAACAAAAAGCAAAGAAGCGGAAAGCGAAGAAAAAUCGCUGUUAA